CAAUUCCAACAUGUUUCGCAUACAAAAGCUAAUGAUUGAGGAAUACGAAGAGAUUUACGAACCCAUAAUAGUUGAGAAUCCUUUUACUCAGGUGACAGAAGAUGGGAUUGGAUUGAGGCAAUUUCACAUUGGUUUGACACGUUCCAAACUUCUUUUUGGCUGUGAUGAUUUCGAUAACAUCGAUUUGACGGAUUUCCAUGGCCAAGGAGGCAAAGAUCCCGAAAUUGAAACAUUCGAAUUGGUCAGCAUGUUGCCGUUGGAAUUUCUAAAAUUGAAUUUCUUUCGCAAACAACAACGUGACCUAAUGCGAAUUGUCGUUUGUGGUGACGAGGCGAGGCCAAUGUUUUUUGAAUUCGGCGGGCAUUUUUAUAAAAGGUUAUUUUGGAAUACAUGGCGUGAACGGGUGUCUACUAUCCGGUUAUCUCAGCCAAAUUUGUUUCACAUAAAUGCUUCAUCGCCGUUCUCUAGCACCGAUGUCCAUGUCGAGGAUGAAAUUUGCCAGGCAUUGAUCCAUACUAACUCGAUACAUUCCUAUGGAGAUGGCUCAAGGAGUUUAUGUGCCAAUAGUAUUUAAAUUCCUAGGAUUUUAACUGUAUAUCUCUCUCUUUCUAAGUCUCCUCCUCUCUCUCUCCCCCUCUUCCAAUGGAAAUAUAAAUAAAUGGAAAGUUAUCGUCAUAGUUAAA